CUCGCCGCGAUUACCGUGCAUCGCGAGCUCUCGCGUACGCUCGUUAAAUACGGAAAUUGUUUUAUCGCGCUGACUUGGGCGAUCUCUCGCGGGACGCGGGACCCAGCGGGAAGGUUAUCGUUCACCGGGGCAAAAGUUGUCGUUUACGUUUCUGUAAUCAGUGCAAUGGAACGUCGCACUCGGACUUCCAGUUUCCAGCGAGUUUGCUACCCGUUCGCGGAUUAAUUCGAUAGAUUCGGAAAGGAAGCGUGUCUCGACGAAGAUGAGGGUGGCGGUGGUGGGCGCCGGAAUAAUUGGCGUAACGAGCGCGGUUGCGGUGAAGGACGCGUUCCCGCGGUUCGAGGUGCAUGUUUAUGCGAACGAAUUCUCGCCGGACACCACUGGCGACGGGAGCGCAGGACUGUUGCUUCCUUAUCUGCUCGGAGAAACACCCGUCGACAAAGUACUGAAAUGGACCGGAAUCACUCGCCGAUGGUUCGACGACUUCUGGAGAUCCGGUCAGGCCCCGGAAGUGGGAAUCGCGUUGCUACCGGCAUACCGUGUUACCAGCGAUCCGCGAGGAUACCCUGAUUCCAGUUGGACAAGAUUGGUAUACGGCGCGGAUAAGCUUCCUUCGACGGAAUUGGAGAGAUUGAACGAGCAGCACGGGACGAGCUACAAACACGGAUGGUCGUUCCUGACGUACAUCGGCGAGCCGACUCGCCUGUUGCCCUGGUUGAUGAAGAAGUUCGCGAAGGCGGGCGGAGUAUUUCGGAAGAGAAAAGUCGAGAAGCUGCACGAACUGAUCGACGACAAUGGAUACGACGUGGUAAUAAAUUGCAGCGGACUCGGCGCGCGACACCUCGCCGCCGAUAACACGGUCACGCCUAUCAGAGGUCAAGUGGCCAGGGCGACGGCUUCCGGGACGUUGCACAUGUUCUUGGUGGACGACGACGACUCGUACUACAUCAUUCCAAAUUACGAGGUCAUGGUGUUGGGCGGUACGCACCAAGAGGGCGACUACGAUUGUACGCCGCGGCAGGAGGACGCGCAGCGCAUCUACAAAUGGUGCAAGCGAGCCUUGCCCGCGUUCGAGGGAAUCGAAUUGCAGAAAGAGUGGGUGGGUCUUCGACCCGGGAGGCCCAGCGUGCGUCUCGAGUCCGAGGUUCUCGUGUCACCUCGCGGCAAGAAGUACGAGGUGAUACACAAUUACGGCCACGGUGGGAGCGGUGUGACGAUCAGCUGGGGCUGCGCCAUGGAAGUCGUCGAGAUCCUUCGAGGCAGUUUAGGGUUGAACUCGCGUCUGUAACCAUCGAGGGUCAAUAAAGACAUACAUAUGUACA